AUGCUCUUGCGGACUUCUUCUGGCAUGCUUCGCCUAAGCUCCUGGCUGCGCAAUGACCGUCUACAUACCCGCUUUCCCUUCCGAUGGGUUGCUCUGCUCCUUGCCGCUAUUGGGGGCCUUGUUGCAUUCUAUGUGUUUGCUGUCCCGCAACUUCUCAGAUUCCGGUUUCGUACCGACUUAAGCUGGUAUGAUCUAGGAGUUCAAGGGUUUGGUCCAGACCGAACUUACAUCUCCUUUGAUCAAGAGUCACCUGUUGUCGAAAUCACUCCAUCUGGCGCAAAAUGCGAUCCCCGGUACACAUUCCUUGCGCCUCGGGGCGAUUCAGUUGCCCAUCCCGGUCCGAUGAUCCUGAAUCCUGAUGGGGAGCUUGUAUGGACGAAAUGGAACAGCGGUACGACGCAAGACUUCAAAGUGCAGCGGUACAAGGGCGAGGACUACCUCACUUAUUGGCAAGGAGAUACGGCCAACGGCUUUGGACAAGGGUCAUGGUACAUGCUUAGUUCAACCUAUGCACAGAGGUAUGUGGUGUCACCAAUCGGCAUGUAUGACGGCGACCUGCACGACUUCCAAAUAACAUCCAACGAUACUGCAAUUCUGGUGAUCUACGACCCCAUUUUGAUUGAUUUGACCUCGAUUGGCGGCCCGCAGCUAGGAUGGAUGUAUGAUGGAGUGUUCCAGGAAGUGAACAUCGAAACCGGAGAACUGCUAUUCCAGUGGCGCGUAUCCGAUUUUUACCGCCCGAGUGACAGCUAUUAUCCGAUUGAACAUACCGGGCAUGGACGGACGUCGGGGUAUGACCACUCGCACAUCAACAGUGUGGACAAGGAUGACCAGGGCCGGUACGUGGUAUCGAUACGCCACCUCCAUACUGUCGCAUGCAUAGACGGCACCACUGGUGAUGUCCUCUGGUCACUAGGAGGGAAACGUAACAGCUUUUCUGAUGCUUCCGAUGGAGCUGCCACCGACAUCUCAUGGCAGCAUGACGCUCGCUGGGUAGGACCCAACCGCGUAAGCUUGUUUAACAAUGCAGCCUACAAUAAUGGCAACCUCUCUGCAGUGAGUCGCGGCAUGAUUGUUGAUCUGGAUACGGAUGCGCGGGAGGCAACAUUGCUGCAAUCUUUCCAGCAUCCGCACGACAUCAUGGCGGUUUCUCAAGGGAAUGUGCAAGUACUAGACACGGGGAACGUGCUCGUGGGCUGGGGUCACUCUGCAGCUUUCACCGAGUUCUCUGCAGAGGGCGAUAUUGUAUGCGAUGUGCAUUUUGGUGCCUCUGCUUUUUUCACAUUUGGUCGUGUCGUCUCCUACCGGGUGUUCAAGUUCGACUGGGUUGGCAAUCCUCAGACAAUUCCCGACACUGCACUCACACCAGACAGUGUCUUUGUUAGUUGGAACGGUGCCACCGAGGUAGCAGAAUGGCAAGUUGAGGCAUGGGACGGUGAAGACCUCAGAAAUAUGACCUUCACGGCUGUUGACCAGGUCCCUCGCGAUGGUUUCGAAACUGAAAUUGCACUCACCUCCGAGAUUGUUUCAGUGUUCCGUGUGCGUGCAAUCAACUCGAACGGCGAGUCUCUCGGUGUCACAGAGAUCCUCCAGCGACUACCAGCGUCGGAGGGCUCUCCCCUUAUAAGUCCAUUGGCCUUGGGGUCCAUUGCCUUUGUUGUACUUGGGUGCCUUGUUUGCGGUGUUUAUUUCGUUGUUCACCGUAAACUUCGCCAUGGGCUCCGCUCCAAUCGCUCCUAUCAAUUAGUGUCGCACAAAGAUGAAGAUGAGGGUGAUAGUGAGCAUGAUCGUCUCCCAUUAUGA